UAUGUCUCCCCGCUCUACCUUCACUGUCGGUGUGGAAUGAAGACAAUGGCGAUGCUGCAAACAACGUUCAUCCUCCUCCUCUGCCUGAAACUUGUCGCAGUUGCUUCUUUGAAGAAAAACAAAACCGGUGUCAUUACUCCGUGCUCGGCUUCCACGAACAGGCAGUUCUUGCAUGAGCUGAGGUCGCUGCUGAGCCUCUAUCUGGGGGAAAAGGUUCUUCAGCCAGUGACCACCACUCCACAAAGUAGCAGCUCGGGAGGAGCGAUGUUCACUCGGUGGGGAAAGACAACAUGUCCGUUGGGAAAUGAUGUCAUGUAUAAAGGUUAUGCAGGUGGAAGCCAUUACACGGCCAAGGGUGGACCAGGGACAACUCUGUGCCUCCCUGACACUCCGAUCUACGCCAACCAUACUGCAUCAGUUACAGGCGGCUCUCUCUAUGGGUCUGAGUAUGAAACUCCUGCAGCAAAAGGUCCUCUGCACAACAUGUAUGAACACGAUGUCCCUUGCGUGGUGUGCCGCAGUCGUCACAGGAGGAGUGCUGUCAUGGUCCCUGCCAGGAAUGAGUGCUUCCCUCAGUGGCAUCUGGAAUACAAGGGCUACCUCUUCGGGGGAGCCACUGGAUACACAGGUUCAACUGAUUAUGUGUGUGUAGAUGAAGACCCGGAAUCCGUACCAGGAGGCCAUGCAAACAAAGAAGGUCAUAUCUUUUACUUGGUCAAAUCUGCAUGUGGUUCUCUUCCAUGUCCACCAUAUGUAAAUGGCUGGGAAUUGACAUGUGCUGUUUGUACAAAAUAAAUCACCUGAUAAACAGA